GACCCCACCCUAUUAGCCUAAACUAACAACACCUGUGGGCCAUCAGUGAUGAAGUUCUGUGAAGCUCCUGCAGGUAGAAGGAGCAGCUUGGUGUUCUGCCAUAUCUGUUUGGACAUGAUGAAGACCAAAGCUCAUCAGAUGUUUAGGACCAGCAACAAACUUUUGUCGAGAAAAACACCUAAUGACGUUGUGGAGGCCCACCCAUCCAACAUCGAAACUGCAGCACAGCUGGAGAACAUCCAACAAGUUUCCUCUCCUUCCCCUUCUCCCAGUGUUGAAGUGGUGAGACAGCACAGCCACCACGUGGAGGCGGUGGUGGAGAGAGCUCACCACGGUGGUGGAUGGCUCCUGUCCGGCAUCAUCUGCCUGAACGUGUUGAUCCUGGGCUGUGCUUUUGUCGCCGGCAGUGCCAUGAGCGGCGUCAUCACGGGUGUGCACCUGCAGAUCUUCCUCAUCGUCCUCAUCCUCCUCACAAUGCUGUGGAUGGUCUUCCACAUGGUGGUCACCUCCCGAAAGGACCAGGGAGCGUUGUUCAAAGACAGCCACGCAGGACCUGUGUGGCUGAGAGUGGGACUGGUGCUGUUCGGUUUCCUCAGCCUCCUCAUGGACGUCUUCAAGAUCGUCAACUACGUGGGUUACCUUCAUUGUGACUCUGCAGUAAAAGUGGCUUUCCCAGUCGUGCAGGCUGUGUUUUUGUUUCUCCAGACCUACUUCCUUUGGACUCAUGCAAAGGAUUGUGUGCAGCUGCACACAAACAUUACCAGGUGUGGUCUGACCCUGACUCUCUCCACUAACCUGGUGUUGUGGAUGGCGGCCGUGACGGAGGAGUCUCUGCACCAAACUGAAAUUCCCGACUUAAAUACCAGCGUGUCACACAAGAUGUACAGAGCGAGUUAUGAUUACGGUAAGGUGAAGAAGUGUCAGUGCAGCCACUCGGCGUGCGACACCUUCAAAGAGGCCUUCUACUACAUGUACCCCUUCAACAUCGAGUACAGCCUCUUUGCUUCCACCAUGGCCUACGUCAUGUGGAAAAACGUGGGCCGCCUCGUGGAACAUCACAACCACCACAACGUCAAGUUUCGGCCCAAGGACAUUUGCGUGGGACCCCUGACAGGAGUGCUCAUGGCGGUGGCGGGACUCGUGACGUUCGUCCUGUACGAGCUGUACAUUCUACAAGAGGAGAAGGAGAAGAGAAACAGAGCUCUACUCAUUCACUUCAUCUCCAAUAUCGUGAUCGUGAGCCUGAUGUCCAUCUCUACUGCCAUCGGCUGCAUCAUCUACCGGCUGGACCGCAGGGAGCACGUAUCUGAGAAGAACCCGACCCGUACUCUGGAUAUGGGGCUGCUGGUGGGGGCGUCAAUGGGACAGUUCAUCAUUAGCUACUUCUCCAUCGUGGCUCUGGUGGCGUUGGGGGCCAAAGGUCACCUCAACGCCCUGAACCUCUCGUGGGCCGUGCUUGUCGUGCUGGAGCUCGGACUCCAGAACUACUUCAUCAUCGAGGGCCUGCAUCGCGAGCCCUUUCAUGUCAUGCAGGAAGCUGCUCUGCACACAAACGCGCACACUUUUCAAGAACACGCAGAGAGCGUCGAGCGCGAGAGAGGUAAGAAGAACUACUUCCUGAAUUCUUACGCUGAUAAGCUGAGCUGGAAACGAAGAAUCUUGAAGGAAGUUUGCGCCUUUUUACUGUUUGGAAAUGUCAUCCUUUGGAUCAUGCCUGCAUUUGGUGCACGUCCCCAGUUUGAUCACACCACAGAGAUCAAAUUCUACAAAUUCACAAUGUGGGCGGCGAUCGUAAAUGUUGGACUUCCUUUUGGAAUCUUCUACCGCAUGCACUCCAUCGCUAGUCUGUGUGAGGUCUAUUUAACCUCGUAGGUGAACCAGCUCAGUUAUCUGUCAGUAUGUCAUGUAAAUAUUCUAAUUAAAUAAUUGUAUCAAUAAACUGUUUUUAAACAAAUGUAGGUUGUCAUUUAGCAUUCAUGGCUUUGUUUUAUGCAUUAUUUAAACACAUUUGCAUGUAGUAGCUGAUGAGGGUAAUGUUUUAUUGAUCUAAACAAACAUUU